AUUGUAGACAUCCUUCAAAAUCAGCUGUUGCAAUUUUCGAGUUCAUUCAAUUUCAUUUUCAAAUGGAACAAAAAUACUCAAGCAAUGCUUAAAUGCAUUAGCUAUCAGCUGUAAUAUCUAGAUUAUUUACCAAUCUCCAUCAAGAAGUAUCAAACUACGAUGUUCAGCCAGCCGAUAAGUUUAAAAUUCCUUUAUUUCUUAGUUCUAAUUUCGUCAGUAACAUGUAUUUCGAAACAUCCAGUGCUUAUAGUGGUGUCCUUUGAUGCUUUCCGAUAUAAUUUCUUUGAAACUGAAAACUUACCGUACAUGCAGCUGAUAAAAACGAAAGGUACGCAUGCAGAGUACUUAUAUAACGUGUUUCCAACGAAAACUUUCCCAAAUCACCAUUCUAUUGCCACCGGGGUGUUCCCUGAGGUCCAUGGGGUGAUAGGAAACUCGUAUUACGAUCCAGAAAUAAAGAAAGUUAUGAAAAUGGGCCCGGGGAUGUACAAUUAUAAUGAUAGGGUUAAACCGAUAUGGAGAUGGAACGAAGAUCAAGGGAAUGGCAGGUAUUCUGGUACGUUUAUGUGGCCUGGGGGUGACUAUUCUUAUCAAGGAAAGAAUAUAACUUAUUCGGUUGGUUUUCAAGCGGGAUAUGAUUGGAAAAAACGAGUUGACCAAGUAAUAAAAUGGAUAUUGGAUCCAGACAAACCAGCUAAUUUGGUGAUGCUUUAUUUUGAGGAACCGGACACGCAUGGACAUGCUUUCGGUCCAAACUCUGUAAUUAUCAAAGAUUUACUAGAGAAACUUGAUAAUAUCACAGGAUAUUUACAUGCACAAUUAGAACAUCAUAAUUUGUCAGAUAAAGUAAAUGUAGUUCAAUUAAGUGAUCAUGGAAUGACGGCAGUGAGUCCUCCUUUUUUUAUUAAUAUUACACAGUAUAUCACCAAUGGGACAUACGAAUGGGCCGGUGCUAGCCCAGCUAUACAAAUUAUUCCUCAUGAAGGUCACGAAGAUAUUAUAUACAGUGCUUUAAAAAAAGGAUCUAAAGAGAAUGGUCACUUUAAAGUGUACAAAAAAUCGGAGUAUUUGGACAGAUGGCACUACAAAAACAACCCUAGGUCUCCCCCGAUUUUAGUCAUGGCUGACGAAGGUUAUGCAUUGGAUGACUUGAUUAUUAGCGCACCCCAGUAUGCCAAAAAAUAUAACUUUACUCUGACGAAUCAGUCAGAAUUCGGAGUUCACGGUUACGAUUACACUGUGAAGGAUAUGCAUCCGUAUUUUAUGGCUAUCGGGCCGAAAAUCAAGAAAGAAACCAAAGUGGAUCCGUUCAAUACUGUGGACUUGUUCAAUUUGUUUUGUGCCAUUUUAGAGAUAAGUCCCACCAAAAAUAACGGUAGUAGUACGCCUGCUAGUCAUGUUUUAGCCGCUGCUGGUCCGGGAAAGUACAGUGUGGGAACGAUACUGAUGAUGUCAAUAGGUGGCGUUUUAGUCGCUCUACUUCUUGUCAGCUUGGCGGUAGUGUUCACCCUGAUGGCGAUAAAAAGACAGCAGAACAUCACUACCGCCGCAGCUCUGAACAAGAGGUUCCCGCAAACGUUUCAGAACUACAUCGAGGCACAGCAUUUGUUAGAGCCAGAGGAGGCUUGAUAUGUCAAUAAUGACAUGUCGGAUGAUUACGGAUUUUUUUAACUCAAUAUAGAUGUCAUCGUUAAAAUUUUUGAAAAAGCGUAUGAGAUUACUAUUUAUAUUUUAAGCCCAAGUAGCGCAGUCCUGUAGGAUUUUUCGUAAUAAGAUUUAAAGUUGAAUAAUUUAACGUAGAUUUUGGCUCAAACCAAGCGUAGAAGAAUGAACUUUAAUAAAAAAAUAUUUACCAUACAAUCGAAAAAAUAAACAGCGUCAGUGAGGUCUUUUAAACAAUAAUCCAUGACAGUUUAUGUCAUUUAUUUAUCAAAAACUGUCAAAAAACUUAAUAUUUCAAUGAAAAAAGUAAAAAACUUUGAAUUUUAUUACUUUUUUCUAAAUUAAAUAUUAUCUAGACAUCGACCUGACAGAAAUCAUUAUCGAUUGCCAUUUCAAAGGUUACUAUGACGCUGUUUUUUUUAAUCGUACGAUAUGAUAUGUUUUACGGUUUCAUAAGGUAGUAAAGACGAUGCUUGAAUUUGAUAAAAUUACAGAACAUAUUCUAUAUCUGUAUUUUUUUUAGUUUUUAUGAGUAAAUUUCAAUCACAACAAUCUUUUACUGACAAUCUCUAUAUUUUGAUAGUAAACUCUAUAAAAAUAUUAUUAAGCAUAACAAUACACAUAAGGCUAUUUUCUCAAUAUGAAAACUCAAAAGAAAAACUUGUAAAUAAGCUGUAGUUUUCUUCACGAUCUUUAAUGCUAAUAUUUUUUUUAAUGGAAUUUGAUAUAAAUAUUUCCUAUCUAUUAACAGAAAUAUUAAAUAAAAUCCUUUAGAUAAAAAAAACUAGGUAUUCUAAGUAAAAUUUUGUAAACUAUUAUCUAUAGGAUUAUUAUAAUUUCAAUCCUCAGACUAACAAAAAAAGAAGAGUAUGAUGUAUAUUAUUAUUUUUUUAUUGGUCUGAGGAUUUUUUAUUUUGUCUGACUUAGUUCCAAAAAUUUUUUUUUAAAUUUAUAUUUUAAAAAGUUAUUUGACAGUAAUUUUUUAACGACGAUUUUAAAGAUAUGUAGCUCAAAAAAUGCUAAACGAAGCAUUUAAAAAAGGAUGUGAUUUGAAAGGUACGUCCAAUAAAAAGUACGAUUUGAAUUAUUUCAAAUGUUUUAAACAUAAGUUUUUGGUGGUGAGUUAAAUGGACAAUAAAAAUUAUUGGCUUAAAUAUGAAACUUUUGAUGAUAUUGUAAUAAUGUAAACUGUCUGAAUUUCUAGUCAUCUUUCUUGUAUUGUACAGGGUGUCCCAGAUAUUUGCCUCAUCAUUGGAAUUUCGGAAACUAGAAGAUAUUAGGUCGGUUACAUUGAGGAAAAGUUGCGCAGUGUGAUGGUGAUAAAAAUGCCAUCUUAAAAGUUUAAAAAUUCUGAGUACUUCUGAAGAUUUUUGAAAAAAAAACGAAUAUUUGCAUUUUAAUUUUUUUACACUUAAAAAAUAGUUUUUUGCGUGUAACAAAUAGUUUUUUACGCGUAACAAAUAGUUUUAUAUGCGUAAAAAAUAGUUUCUUACAUGUAAUAUCAAUAUUUUUGAUAAAGACGUGGACACACAAUGACGAUUCUCUAAUUUGGGACACCCUGUACAGGGUGUCUUGAAUUGCCGUUAACUUUAUUGUUAGAAUCGCAUAAAAUAAAGUAAAUUCAACAAGAAGAAUUCCUAAUACAGUAUCAUUUCUUUGACAUAACCUCAUAUUAUUCCAUCCAUUUUGGCAGCUACUGUGUAUGAUAACCAGAAAGUUGUUUUGAACUACUAUACAAUUCAGGACACCCUGUAUAUUUAGUGUUUAUACGUAGUUAGAUUUUACUAUUGCAUAAAAAAAACAAAUUUUGCUUACCUUAGUAAGGUUUUUCAUAUAAAUUGAUUAUCGAAUAGGGUUAUUAAUAGUUUUAAAAUGUUUUAAACAUGCACAAACCUUUGAAUAGCAACUAUUUAUUUGUAAAUUGUUAAUAGAUAUAAUUCCUGGAAAUAAGUCACGUACUUAACUGAUCGACAUGCAAGGACAGAUCUAUAAAAAUGAAAAUAUGAUAAUUUAAUAUCAAUGGGGCAAUUUAAAAUGUAAAAUUUUCCUUUAUUUAAAAUAAUUUAACGGAAAUCCCUUGUCGUUCAGAAAAUUGCAUAAAAUAUAAAUAUGAAUAGCUCAAUUUUAUAUUGAAUUAAAUAUAAAUAUACCUACAAAGCUCACGCCGCGCCGUUUGUAUGUUUAUCAAAUAUAAUCGCAAUUUUUCUAAGAAGUUAGAAUUGUUAUUUAUAACUUUAAAUUGGAUUUAAAAAUAUGUGUUAAUGAGAGAUUAAUUUUCAAGGCCAAGAAUUAUUUUUUAUCAUUAUACUCAUAAUAUGCACAAAAGUUAUCCGUAUUUAUGAUAGUAUUUUUUUAGAAAAUUUGAUACUUGCCCUUGUUAAAAAACGCCCUGUAUAUAACCUUUUUAUGCUAAGUUUUGCUGAUAUAUUAUGCCACAUAAUCCAGAGUUUUUUUAUAUUCAGGUAUUUUUUGUAUACAUUAUAUUUUAUCUUAUAUAUCUAAAAAUAUAUAUAGAAUGUUCAGUCAUCGUUCAACAUCACGUCAUAAUAUAUUGUCAAACUCAGUCACUCUCAGUCAUUUGCUAACUAAAUGAAAUAGAUUGGUGACGUCAUUACGGCAUAUUCUUUUUAGUAAUUGUCAUUGUCAUUUGAUUUGGGGUUAUAAUUUUAUUGACAAGUAAUGAUGACGUAACGGUGAACGAUAGCUGAACGAUAUAUUGACAACCUUAAAGCAUAUAUGUUAUAAAUAUUCUAAUUUGAUUAUUGAAUAUUUCACAAAAAAAGACAUUGUAAGAGAAAAGCUAUAUAAAAUGUAGCCGGUGAUAGUAGAAAUGCCAAAA